CACCGUUCCCACUCCUCCGCUCCUUCCUCCCCUCUCCCGAUUCCCCAAUUCGGAGGCCAAGCCUGCACCGGCAAGCGGCGGCGGCGGCGGCGACGAGGCGAGAGGGUUCCCUUCCGCGGAGCCGGCGGAGAUGGAGGCCACGGCGAAGUACAACCGGGGCAACCCGGCGGUGAAGCGGAUCCUUCAGGAGGUCAAGGAGAUGCAGUCCAACCCGUCCCCGGACUUCAUGGCCAUGCCCCUCGAGGAGGACAUCUUCGAGUGGCAAUUUGCGAUCCUGGGGCCACGAGACAGUGAGUUUGAGGGAGGAAUCUACCAUGGAAGGAUCCAGCUGCCAUCGGACUAUCCGUUUAAGCCACCAUCAUUCAUGCUGCUCACGCCAAGUGGAAGAUUUGAGAUUCAAAAGAAGAUUUGUUUGAGCAUAUCCAAUUACCACCCUGAGCACUGGCAACCAUCAUGGAGUGUGCGCACAGCUCUUGUAGCUUUGAUUGCAUUCAUGCCAACACCAGGUGGUGGGGCAUUGGGUUCGUUGGACUUCAAAAAGGAAGAUAGACGGGCACUAGCUAUCAAAUCACGUGAAACACCACCAAAGUUUGGCUCUGCAGAACGCCAAAAAGUAAUUGAUGAGAUCCAUGAGCAAAUGCUCAGUAGGGCUCCCCCUGUUCCUCAGCUGCUGACAAAUGAAACUAAUGAGGAGACUAACCAAUUGCCUGCAUCUGAUGCUUCUGAUGAGCAUGCACACAAGGCAGUUGGAGGCGUGAACACGGCUGGGUCCAACUCAGACUCUGUUAAUAAUGACCUUCCAAGGCCUGAUUCUGAGUCAGAAAUUGUACAACACAUUGUUGAAGGUCGGACAGAAGGGGUUAGCAACCAUUCAAGGGCCAACUUGAGCAGAGAAAACAUUCCAAGAGUUGCUCCAACGCCACAGAAUCCUGUUGUUGCAAUCCAGAAGCCAAAGCAUGACAGAUUAUUGACCUUGGCUGCAUUUGGACUCACUCUUGCUAUUAUGGCCCUUGUGAUCAAGAAGUUCUUCAAAAUCAAUGGUCUGGCCGGUUACAUUGAGGGCAAGUUUUAGGUAGGUUUGUGCAUAGAUUUGAUAAGAGCUAUACUACCCCAUUCGGUGUCUGAGCGGCUGCUAUGCUUACCAUAAGUUAUAAACCCCUAAGAAUUGUAAAUGGCUGUUUAGUUAUAGACGAAGUUGAAUUGGUCCAUUGGUACUACCCGUACCUUAUUGUAUAUGCAGUACACCUGAUGAAAAUCGUUCUAAGGUCUUACAUGAUGUGCACAAUUGUAUAUGCGGUACUCAUGAAAAUCAUUACAAGAUAUUACAUGAUGUGCGCAACUGCACGUAUGUUGUGCAAUGGCCA